UUAACGCCACAUGCGUUCAAGUGCUCGUUUGGGCAGGGUGCAGGUAAUCUGCUUCUGUGCUGUGUGUGUUUUGGAGGUUCUGCGGACGCCUCCCGAGUCUGCCUUCAUGAAGACCAUCGGGGUGAUCACAGGAAUCAGCUACGUCUCGGGUAUUGACUACUACAAAGGUAUCAAUGAGCGAAUUGCCAAGUUGCUCCCAGAUGGUGCUGUGAUGCCCCACAACUCCGAGAUGGUGAUGGUCUCUGUGGACUGUGAUGUGUACGUGAGGUACUUGAAGGACAAUGAUACAUCCGGUGUCCAGGAGUACUUGGCACAGGCCGCUCACAAGCUUGACCUGGUGGGCGUGGAUUUUAUUGUGAUUGCCUCCAACACUGCUCAUAUUUGCUACAGCUAUUUGCGCGAGCGUUUCCCAAAGAGGCCAAUUUUGCACAUCGUUGACUGUGUAGCCAAAGUGCUACCGAAAGGGAAGGUUGGACUUCUGGGCACCGAACCCACCAUGCGCGAAGGCUCCUGGAUCAGGGAACUCCUGUGGUUCAUAUCCGAACGUUUGGCGCUCCAUGGUUUUGAAGUGGUGGUCCCUGCCAAGGAGGAAGAUCGGCAACGUUGCUACGACAUCAUUUGUCGCGAGUUGAGUUUUGAAAUCUUCAGUGAUGCUUCUCGGAACUUCUUCGCAGAAAUGGCAGUCGAACUCUACCAGUGCGGUGCUGACGCUGGAGUGAUUUUGGGAUGUACCGAGAUCGAACUGCUGCUGCGACAAAGUGAUGUUCCAGAUGUGCCGCUGCAUCGUUCCGCAGAGCUUCAUAUCGAGGCAGCCGCGCGCAUUCAAGCGGGAGCUGACCAAUUGGAGGACUACGACCCUCAGGCGCAGGUCAUUGAGGCGAAAACCUGAGACUCGGAGUAGUUGACGGCUGGGCUUGCAAUUCUGUGUGAAUUACGGCUGCGCUGCAACGAACAUGCGGAGAGAAAA